ACCUUCUUUACCAACCUUUUUUUACAAGCAUUUUCUCCCUCUUUAUACAUUCACUCACUCACAGUCAUACAUACAUACAUACAUACACACAUGCAUCUAUAUAUAUGUAAAUGCGCGUGUGGGAGGAGAGUUCAAAGAUGGUGACUUUUUCAUAGCGAGAGAGAGAGAGAGAUGUGUGCAAAGAAGGAAGAAGAAGGCGAUUGUUCCAGAGCCAUGAACAACAUACAAAAUUACCAAAACAACCUCCUCCUUUCCCAACAACAACAACCCACCAGUUCCGACAUCUUCGGAACUAGUAAUAAUGCCGGAUUCAUGAGUAUCUUCCCACAAGAUCAUGUCUCCCCGGUCGUCCCUUGGCCUCCUCCGAUCCAACCCUUCAACCCUACCCGGGAAUCCGACCCGUUUCUCCUCCCGUCUCCUCCGGCGUCUUUCUACGGCAACUUCUUCAACAGAUCAAGAUUUGGGUACGAGGGGUUUGGUGCCACGUCAGCACACCAUCAUCAGCACGAGCAUCUUCGGAUCUUGUCGGAGGCUUUGGGUCCGGUGGUUCAAGCCGGGACGGGUCAUCCGUUCGGGUUGCAAGCGGAGCUCGGGAAGAUGACGGCGCAAGAGAUCAUGGACGCGAAGGCUUUGGCUGCGUCGAAGAGCCACAGUGAAGCUGAGAGGCGACGCAGAGAGAGAAUCAACAAUCAUCUCGCCAAGCUUCGUAGCAUAUUACCAAACACCACCAAAACGGACAAAGCUUCGCUCUUAGCGGAGGUGAUACAACACGUAAAGGAACUCAAACGACAAACCUCGCAGAUCGCAGAGACAAACCCUGUUCCGACAGAAACCGACGAGAUAACGGUAGAUGUCUCGGAGGAAGCAGUAGAAGAGCAACAAGACGGCAAGUUCGUGAUAAAAGCGUCCAUCUGUUGCGACGACAGGUCCGAUCUCUUGCCCGACCUAAUCAAAACCCUAAAAGCAUUGCGUCUGAAAACACUCAAGGCCGAGAUCACAACGGUCGGAUGCCGAGUCAAGAACGUUUUGCUCGUCACCGGAGAAGAAUCGAACAUUGGAGAUGAACAAAUGUAUUGUAUUGGAUCGAUACAAGAGGCUUUGAGGGCGGUAAUGGAUAAGAGCUCGGUGGAAGAAUCGUCGGCUUCGGGCAAUGCAAAGAGGCAGAGGAUGAGUAGUAACAACGGUAUUACCAUCGUGGAACCGCAGCAGCAACAACAACAACAAAGGAUCGAAGUUGAUGGCCGUGGGUUGAAUUGAAUGAGAAGGAACAUACGUAAAGGUCGUUGGUCUUUGCUUGCAUGGAAGAAACUAUAGGCUCCAAUUAUUAUAUUUUUCCGGUUUAUGGUACGUACGGUCUGCAUCUUUUCUUGUUUGUUUGUUAACUGCCCACUCAAUGUGACGACGACCAUCUCAAACUCAAAGUCCUUCGAGUUAUGUAUAUGUCACGUCUAGCUCUCGUAUACUCUUUCUGGCCCACUAUAUAUAUAUAUAUAUAUGUGUGUGUGUGUGU